GGGCCCCUGGGCCGCCCCCGCCUCUCUACUGCCUCUCUUCCAGCUCCCGCGCGGCCGCCGGUUCCGUCUGCUGCAGACCCCGGGACCGAGGAGGCGCAGGGCCGCAGCCGCCGGGAAAAACCCCGUUGGAGGCUAUGCUUCUGUGAACAACAGACAGCGGUGAGCAUGUCGGCCCUGAACUGGAAGCCCUUCGUGUACGGAGGCCUGGCCUCCAUCACAGCGGAGUGCGGUACCUUUCCAAUUGAUUUAACCAAGACACGGCUCCAGAUUCAAGGCCAGAAGAAUGAUGCAAACUUUAAAGAAAUCAGGUAUCGAGGAAUGUUGCACGCAUUAGUGAGGAUAGGCAGAGAGGAAGGCCUGAAAGCGCUAUAUUCGGGGAUCGCUCCGGCAAUGUUACGCCAGGCUUCCUAUGGCACCAUCAAGAUAGGCACCUACCAGAGCUUGAAGCGGUUAUUUGUCGAGCGUCCAGAAGAUGAAACCCUUCUGAUAAAUGUGGUCUGUGGGAUUCUCUCUGGAGUCAUAUCCUCAAGCAUUGCUAAUCCAACGGACGUUUUGAAGAUACGGAUGCAAGCUCAAAGCAGCACCCUUCAAGGAGGAAUGAUAGGCAACUUCAUUAACAUUUACCAGCAAGAGGGCACGAGAGGACUGUGGAAGGGUGUGUCCCUUACUGCUCAGAGGGCUGCUAUCGUGGUCGGCGUGGAGCUGCCAGUCUAUGACCUCACCAAGAAGCAUCUGAUUGUCUCAGGCCUGAUGGGAGACACGGUGUACACCCAUUUCCUCUCAAGCUUCACCUGUGGGCUGGCGGGAGCCCUGGCCUCAAACCCUGUGGAUGUGGUGAGGACACGUAUGAUGAAUCAGAGAGUCCUCCGCGAUGGCGAGUGCCCCGGCUACAAAGGCACCCUGGACUGCUUGUUACAGACAUGGAAGAAUGAAGGGUUUUUUGCUCUAUAUAAAGGGUUUUGGCCAAAUUGGUUGAGACUUGGUCCUUGGAAUAUUAUUUUCUUUGUGACCUAUGAGCAGCUGAAGAAACUGGAUUUGUGACAGGUCAAGACUGCAUGAGACAUCCUCUGAAAACGCUCACCUCUGAAAUAGCGAAGCUUCCUGUCUUUCCCACUGCUUCUCACUGCUUGGCCCGCCACAGAUUGGGGUGUGAGCAACAGGUGAGGGCUGGGUUAGCUCAGAUCGCUGUGUCCCCCGUCGGACGCUCUGCACCAAAUGUUUAACGGCCUCGACUGUAACAUCCAGACACUAGUCCUUACCAUUCAAGUGCCCUUCGACAUCAAAGAUAACAGGAAAUGCAUGUUUCUUGCUAAAGAAAACUUGCAUGAAGGUCAGGAACUGUGGACUGUUUCCUUCAGGCGAAGAGUAACUCCUGGUGCACCUCAGCUCAUAGCGGAGACUCCCAGACUGUUCUGAAGAAGCUCUUUGGAACUGUGGGAUAGAACAUCUGAGAUGGUGUUACUGUUCCUGAGCUUCUGGGGGGGCUUUGGCUUCGUGUCCGCUGAAGAAAUUCACACAUGGAGACCUGGUGUACCCCAAGUAUAAACAGGGCAGGAUAGAGAUCCCUGGAACAUUGCACUGCUUUGUAAUUUUCUAUUUUGGCAGGAUCUUUCACUUAUAAUAAGUGACUUUUAAGCCUUUGACCACUCGACCUUUGUGGGGAAUUGUUACAAAGUAUUACCAUCUAAGCUCAUGAUGGUGUGAGAGGUUGGCUUGGAAGGUAGCAAAGUCGGUGUUGUGGGAGGUGUGUUUAAGCAACUUGGGUUCUGUCCUAGGUGGUGGUAGUACUGGGUUGGCCAAAACGUUUCUUCAGGUUGCCAGAGUGUGGGGAAAAUCCGAACGAACUUUUUGGCCAACUCAAUAAUUUUCUCUGUGAUAUUAGCAAAGUUUCUGUCUCCCAGCCUACAAUAGGGAUAAUAACAUCUGUUGAUACUGAGGGUCAGGUGAAGAAAACAGUAGCUCCUACUACCAGACUUGUAGGAUAAGUGUCUUUACAUCAUGGUGUUGUAUAGCCAUAAUUCCAGAAUAAAUAGUUCCUAUGUGUGAAGAGAGUCAUUUUAUCAUGGACUUCUCCCAGGUGAGGUCCUGUGAUAAAACUCUUGUGAAAGAAAGGCUAACGUGCUGUUGUGUUUCCCAUAGUGAAAUGUAGCAAGUUAAUUGAAGAGUUGCUUUUUCCAGAUUUCCCGGGUUUUACUUUAGUUCUGGUCACGUUUGUUAAAAUAUUUCCUGUCUUGGACUUCCUUAUCAGUUUGGAUGGAAAAUACUUGCUUGAAAUUUGAAAAGCAA